AUGACGCGGCGCGCGUACGCUUCCGCGCGCUCCGACGACAAAAAGCGUGCGGCGAAUUUUGAGCCGCCCCUGUUCGGCGUCGGCACCGCGCAGCUGUCGCCCAACAUCCUGCUGCGGUGCACGAUCCUGGACUCGAAAGGGUCGGUCAAGUCCAUUUCGGGUCUCUUUAGCAAGUCGGAGCUGUGUUCGCACCAUGGCCUCGAGCCGCGCGAUCUGCGCAAGAUCGAUUCGCGCGUGCCGAAUCUGGUGCCGACGAUCCUGGCACGCCGCAGUGGCACGCUGAUCAAUAUCCUGCAUAUCCGUGCGAUGAUCAAGUCGGACGCAGUGCUUCUUUUUGACAGCUACGGCGCAAAUGAUACCCGACUCAACUCGGCCUUUGUGUACAACCUCGAAUAUAAUUUGCGCCUGAGCUCGUCCAAGCUCCCGUACGAGUUCCGUGCACUGGAAUCGAUCCUGGCGUCGGUACUCGACGCGCUGCGUGCAGAGCUCAGCUGGAUCCGGCUCGUGGUCGAAGACGUGCUCGAGACGCUCGAGGACGAUAUCGACCGCGAGAAGCUGCGCAUGCUUCUGCAGAUCUCGCGCAAGCUCCACGGCUUUUUGAGCCGAUCCAGAGGUGUCAAGACGGCCGUGUCAGAAGUGCUCGAAAACGACGAAGACAUGGCGCUCAUGUACCUGACCGAUGCCAAGGACGGCCAUCCCCGCACGGAGCACAGCAACCUGGAGGAGCUCGAACUGCUCCUCGAGAGCUUCGAGAAGCAGGUCGAGGAAGUCGUCGCCGAGAUCGAGAGCAUGUACGCGAACGUCAACAACACACAAGAAAUUGCCGAGCUGAUCCUCGACAGCAACCGCAACCGCAUUUUGUCGCUUGAGCUGCGCAUCGGCAUCGUCACGCUCGGCUUCACGAUGGCGACGUUCAUCGCCGGCCUCUUUGGUAUGAACCUGGUGUCUGGCUUUGAAGAGCACCCCUAUGCAUUCUAUAUCGCGACGGCUGCCACCUGUGUCCUGGCGCUAAUCGUGAGCCUGAACGGAGUCCACCAGCUGUCCAAGAUGCGCCGCGUCGGUCUCUCCUACCGCGUGACGAACGGCACGGCGGUUGAUCCCACGGCCAAGCCCGAGACCGCCGACCUCACCCAUGCAAGCGCGUGGUGGUGGCGCGAGAAGCAAUUCCGUACGCAGCGCCGCGAGCAGGGGUUGGCGCCGGGCGCGAUGCCCCCCGAUGGCUGGACCGCCGCACAGCUGGCCCAGGAGCAGGCCAAUAUGCGCACCUCGGAUGAGAAGCCGCUCGAUCCGUCGGAGCUGAACGCGGGCCCUUCGGCGCACGCCGAGCCGGUGCCCGCAGCCUCGAUCGAGAAGCGUGGCGAGGAAAAGUCGGGUGAGAAGAGUGUAUGA